GUCGAAUAUAGAGUUGCGAGUGAAUGAUGCAAAUCCAUUCAGAUAAUCGUCUACCGCGUCACGAUCUCGAUAUUCCCGUGACAAGCGGGUUGUUGACAGAAGGUGCACAACGCUGCCGCAUACGCCGUAGACGGCUGCGUAGCGGGCUGUAAGAUCUCGGACGCGUCAGAGCACGGGGUGAGAGCGAUCCGUCCGCGAAGGUUGCGCCCGUGACCGCGCCCGCCGGCCGCCGCGCCCGCAGUACCGUGCCGCGCUCGUUCCUCCUCGCACCUCCCAGCCCGAGGACCGCCAGACCAGUGUAGUGAUGUGCCCUUGCUGAUGAUGUAUGGCCGCCAGUGUGUGACAGUGCGCGCGAACCGCGCGAGGCCCCGGCCCAAGAGACCGUAGCCCGACAUGUGGACCUUGCUAGUGCCGCUGCUGGCCCUGGUCGCUUCCGGCGGUGGGGCCACCUUCGGAGCCAACAAAGCCCUGCUGGACUGCGCAAGCCAGAUCCUGUACCUGGAGCAACAAACGUACGACAUACCUUCAGACUAUAACAGAAACAUUCCACCUGGAAAGAACACAACCGUGUUCAUAGGGCUCAAUGUCAACCGUGUUUCGGGAGUGGAUGAGAAUAAGGAGUUUCUGUUUUCCAAGGAGAUAACACUAGACGUGUUCCUACAAGUGUCCUGGAAGGACCCCCGGCUAAAGGUGGGCCUGGAGUCCAUCGACCUACCCUGGGAGUUCCGCCAGCUGAUCUGGACGCCGGACCUGUACAUCUGGCAGCUGCAGACCAUGCGGAUCCUCUCUGUGCUGCAGGAGAUGGCCUCGCUCAGGCUUUAUAGGAAUAGCACCGUCUCAGUCAGUAUUGGCGCGACGAUAACAAUAAAAUGCGAGAUGGACUUCGUGUUAUACCCUUUAGACGUGCAAACCUGCAACAUUGAUUUCAGUAGCUACAAAUACACAUCGGAGUACGUGAGAUUUGAAUGGCGGGAGGUGCCUCCGUGGCUGGGUUGGCGGCUGGCCGGCGGACAGCGCAACCAGUUCCGCCUGCCCAAAUACGUAGUCAGCUUCACUACGGACAAAAGUAAACGUAUUGCCCAAUAUGGUGAAGGCGAGCAUUCGGCAGCGCGGCUGCAGAUGACGCUCUCUCGUGAGCUGCGGGGAUAUCUCCUGGAGAGCUAUCUGCCCUCAUCAUUGUUCGUCAUCAUUUCGUGGGGCAGCUUCUGUGUCAUCCCCGAGAUCGUGCCCGGGCGCAUGGUGCUACUUGUGACCACCCUGUUGUCGCUCGUCACCAUGUUCGACACAGUCAGUACAAACUCGCCCGACGCGCUCGAGCUGAAGUGCAUAGAGGUGUGGCUGAUCUCGUGCACUAUAUUCGUGUUCCUGGCGUUGCUCGAGUACUUCGUGGUGCUGUUCGGUAUCCGCUACGACAAGAGCUGGUGUCGCCGCCGAGCGGACAUGCGCCGCGCCGUCUCCGCCGCGCAACUAGCUCCACCCCCUUUACACGUCAACCAUUCUCAGAGGUUGAGUUGCACUCCCGUGACAGGCACCCCACAGGGCGGAGUGUUCUCGCCGACCCUCAGUGUGGAGGACGAAGGCCUCAAGCAGCAGCUCGACCAUCAGACCAUUUCGAGGGACUCGCCGCCGAUGAUGGAGACGCUGGGCGGGCGCACCGCGCAAGGUGCGCUGGCGCGGGCGGGAGCGUGCAUCGACAAGGGCAUCAUGUUCUGCGGCGCGCAGCACGGCACGCUUGACCGCUUCGCGCUCAUUCUCUUCCCUUGCUGCUUCGUGCUCUUCAAUAUUAUAUACUGGACCACGUACCUGAGUGAAGUGCACCGGCACCCGCCGAAGUGAAAGUGUCAAACGAUUUACGAUCACAUUGAAUGUGAAAAGUGCCUGUGCUAGACGAUGUGUGUUAAUUGUAAAUAUUGUUAGACAAAUGCUAGUCGAUUAUACAACGUUAGUUAUACUACUUACAAUCUACGUAAAUUAGGUUAAUUUUACAACGAAAUUAAAAAUAAUUAAAAUUAUCUUCAAGUGUUCCGUAAUAGUAUAAAAUACUUAGGUUAAUUUGAUAUAAUUAUAUCUCGCUAUUUCUUAUGUACUUUCCUAUGCUUGACGACGCUGUAGGACAAUAUUUAAAUGUAUAUAUGUAAUUACGAUAUUAAGAACAAAGAUGACGGGACAUGUAUAAAUGUUCAUAUCCUAUGUUUAUUGUUUAGGUAUCGCCACGGGUUUUGAGUGAUGCUGAGCUUGACAAUAUACAAAUCGAAGUUUAUUUUUAACUUCUAUUUGUUAGGACCACGGUUGCUUUUUGAAGUGCCAAGAGAUGUCACCGUUCAAGAUCCGUGUCACAUUGUCUAUCAAGGUAUAAUGUAGGUACAUGCAAAUUGCAACAAUUAAUUACAACCGUCCAGAACCAAGUCUUGUGCCUUUGUAACAAAUAUACCUAUCUAUGCUAAUACAUACCUACAAACCCAUAUCAAUCGAUAUAAUAUCCUUAAAAUCAAUAAAAUCGUGUGCCCUAAAAUCGGCCUUUAAUCCAGUCAGGAAAGGUUUUAGUACCUAUAUGUCACAAGAGCGUAAAACGCAUCAUAUAGGUAUAUAACGCGAAGGGUUUACUACCUAUAAUCAUAUGAAUAUGAAGUAUGGAACAGCUUGUGCCCACCUCAAUUUGGCUUCGAUAAAUACAGUAAAACUUUCAGUUGGCGCUUAUGUUCACAAGCUUCUUAUAAAAAAAUACCAAUCUUCUCUAUUAGGUACUUAAUAAUUAGGUAUGUUUAUAAAGACGAAGUAUCAAUCAAUCUACUGAUGUAAAAAAUAAUGACAAGUGUAAACGCUCGCCUGUUGCAAACACACAACUUGGCAAAACUUUGCAAUAUGGAACUUAAUCUAAAUAAAAUGUUUCCUAAUUUAACUAGAUAUGGAUAUUAACUGAAAUUGAACAUGACGACUGUCUAUAUUUCACAGCUAGUCCUCACUUAUGUGCAGGAACUGACAAUACCCAUGACCCAAACAACCGGUAAUAAAAGUACAUAGGUAACUAUGACUUAUGGUCACAUUCAAAGGAAUUGAAAUUAAAUGUUUUAGUCGAGUCCGGUUAAAAGUACCUAAGUGUCAAUAACUAACUACUGGUAACUAUCUUUAUUACUUUUAGCCAUUAUAUCUACUUCAAGUGUCUAUUCUUGUUAACCCUUUAUUUUUAAUAUUACCUGAGUACAUUUGGGUCAAAAUUCAUUACGUUGUCUUGUUUUUGUCCUAAAAAAAUUGACGGAGUGGAGCUUUUUGUACGGGGUGAAAUUUAGUUUUUAAUUAUUCUCAAGAGAAUUACUUAAGCACUCAACUUUUUUUAAUUUUUUUGACAAAAGACAAAAAUAGAAGCGUAACAGAGUGGUUAAAAACAAGACAACGAAAAUAAUUUUGGCCCACAUUACCUACGUUUGAGCGCUAGUGAGUUAGACAACCUAAAAUACGGUAGAUAAGGGACCAUUAAACUUGCUCGUGCAUAUACAUACAUUAUCCUCGUAAGUUUGCUCAGAUGCUUUGCGUAGUGGUGAAAUUAUUGUAAUAUUAUCUUACACCGAUGUCAAUAAUAAGAUUACCUAGGUACUUACUUUAUGGAGCUGAAACAUUUUCCAUCAGUUUUCUUUUCAACGAGUCUGGCUUUACAUUUCAAAAUGACUAGCACGUGAGAGCAGGCAAUGAGGUGCCUGAGCGUGAGGUGAGGUGAGCCUAGGCUUAAGUCUCAGGAACCCUCUACCAUAAACCCACUCCCAUACAAUCAAAGUUACGCUCUCAAUUUAAAACGACAAGCUGAAAGAACAUAAAACUUGGCAUGAACAUUUAUGUAACAUAUAUCUGUCUGGUAUUUGUUUGUGUUGCUAAAAAUUGCAAUACCUAUAAAUAAAACGCUAUUCUUAGCGUCUCUAUUUUGUUAGUUUCAUCUGAUUUCUUAUGUAUGUGUAUGUAUAUGUAUUUUUUUUACUUAUAUGUGCAUGUAUUAUACCUAUGUAUUAUUUAUAUUACUUGUAUUUGUUUAGUUGUAUGAGUUGUGUAAAAAUACCUACUAACAUUAUAAUGUAUUCUUUUGUCUGUGUUUAGGAUCGUAUAAUUUUCAGUACCGGCCAAUAAUAUAUCACCUCCAUGUUUUAGAGGUAUAACUUUUUUUUUGUAUUUGUGAGUGACUUCCACCUCAGUUUUAGGUAGUCUAGUAGUAUUCCUUUGUACGGGCAAUGAGAAAAAUUGCUCAUAUGUAAUGGUUUUUUCAUAGAGGUUUUUUAGUAAUAUGCUGAGUAUCCUAUUGUAAUUCACAGUAUUUCAUUGCAGUAUUCAUCAUAUAUUUGUAUAAAAUGACGAGUAGGUAAAAUAUGCAAUCUACAAACUAACCUAUAUUGUUUACUCUAUACAAGCUCAUACAAAAACACUCAAAGGUGAUAUAUUAUUGGCCGGUACUGUACUUUGUUUUGUAAUUACAACAUGAUGUUGCACCGCCUACAAGUUAUCUGCUUUGCCCGAAGGUUGACUUGUAGAGAAUGCCUUGUAGCAUUAAGUCCGGCUUUUGUACAUUUGUAUUUUCUUUUGUGCAAUAAAGAUUAAAUAAAUAAGUAAAUAAAACGUGUAAAAGUUUUUAAUGAAAAAUUUUUACUCGCUCCUGCGUGCGAUCUUUGCGUUCGCUGUUGUUUGCUUAAAUGUUUUUAUUACAAUUCCAAGAUAUAGAUAUAUGUUACUUGAACUUCCAUGCUAAGUUUCAUAUCAUCUCAUCAAAUUCGUAUAUUCGACUGCAAAUACUUAUUUACUAUGUGAAGGCGCUAGGCGCUAGCACAGCCAUAGGCUGAAAAAGUUUUCCGAUGUAUGCUUUAUAUUUUGAACAGCUAAGUUUGCGCUAAUUUUCUUUGUCAUCAUACUGUACGACUAUACUGCCGGUUGCUGGCUGAGCGAAAUCUCUUUACGAACUUCUUGAAAAUGAACAGAAGAAAAUAAUGAUACGUACACACUGAUAUUCCUUAUCAUUACUAAGCCAAGAGACAUCCUAAUAAUUUAAGCCUUCAUUAAUUAAAUUUAUUGCCUCAAACGACGCUAAUUAGUUAUUUUAUAAUACAGACCCCUUUUAGACUUUUAUAAGCCAACAAACUCGCCAACAAACUGCAUUACUCGCCAACAAACUGCAUUACUCGCCAACAAACUGCAUAAGCAGUUUGGCAAGUAACUUUAAAAUUGAUCAUGUAUAUGGGUAUCUAAGCAUAAAACCUAUAUACACGAGUAGGCCCAGUGGUUCACGGUAGACCCUCUGAAGCCUACCAGAGGCGUGCCAAUCUUUCCAUUCCUGCCUAUUUUUCUUUUAACUAAUAUAAAAAUUUAAAUGCUUAGUUAUCAGUAUCACACUGAUGCGAUUUCCGAAGUUUGCAUUUAGCAGAAAUCCAUCCGUUUGCUAUCAUGACCGUCAAAAACUCUGAAAAAGCCUGAAUUACAGUCAAAACGAGUAUCUGGAUCAAACUCCGAUUCUAAAUAUCAAUUGUAUUAUCAAUAAUAAAGAUAAGAAUAAUUAUUUACGUAAUAACGUGGCCAGAGAUAUUUUUAUUCGAAUUUCACUGAAUUCAGUGAAUUUAAUUGUAUAAAUAACUUUUAUAAUAUUAAAAUAAUGUAGUAAGACUGCUCAGUAAGAAUUUAUACUGUGUAGGUUAUGUACAUAAGUUUGUUUAAAAUUUUAUCGCUUAGAUUUAAAUAUCAUUUAAGUUAAAUUAAGUUUUCCAAUCUAGUCAAUCAUUCAGUACUUACUUUAGUAGUAUAUAUUAAGCACCUAAUAUUACAAAGUGUUUCAAUACGUGACCAAACCUGUGGUUUUAGCUAGAAGAUGAUUAUACUAAAAGCUCUUUAUAUUAUGGUCAUAAUGAGACAUUAUACGUGCUGCGUAAUAGCCGUUUUACAUUUAGUUGGGUGUCUGAAACUAUAUCGAUAUAGGACAAACAUUAUCUAUAAGCGACUGGUCACCGAUAAACUAGUGUUGGUUCCAAUAUCCAUAAUAAUAUUGGAUCGUGCUAUAAAACAGAAAUAUAAGGAGCCCUAUUCGAAUUUAAUGCGUCCGAGAUACACUGCGAAUCGUGUAAUGUUGACAUUACGUAUAUAGCCCGCUCCAGACUACGUGGCUUCGCGCCGCGAUUCGCGCACGAGUGUUGAGGGGGCUUAUCAAUAACGAAAACAACAAAUCAAGUUGAAGUUUUUAAAACUUCUAAUAGGACUAAAGCACCCAAUACCGGGCGCCAAAGUAGGGUAGAGAUCCGUGAAUUCAUCCUAGUAAGCGAUCGGAAAACCUGCAGCCUUGUGUACAAAGUCUCAUCAUGUUAUCUUAACAUUUUGUUGCACGUUUAAUAUGCUCACUUGAGUCCCCGGCAAGCUCGGCCGAAUUUCACCUUCCCAUUCAUCUCAUCAUCCGCAUCAUUCCCAUUCGUUCGUUCUCAUUUUAAAAGUACGUGUUGGAUUGUAAUGAAACUUUGCACAUACAAUGACAUGAGGUAUAUCUAGGUCUGUAAUCUAUAUACAUAUAUAAACGUAAAAGUCCUGACUAACUGACUGACUGACUCACUUAAAUCAACGCCCAGCCCAAACCGUUGGACCUAAAGAGCUGAAUUUUUCACAAUAGAUAGCUUUUAUGACGUUAGUAUCCACUAAGAAGGGGUUUUUCAAAAUUCAUCCCCUAAGGUGGUGAAAAAGGGGUUGAAAGUUUGUAUGGAGAUCAUAAAUUUUUUUGAGUGCGGGACUUGAAACUUUGUAUAAAGGCAUAUUAUUAAAAUACUAGAAAAGUAAUUUCAGCGUUUUUGAAAAUUCAUCCUUUAAGGUGGUGAAAAAGUGGUAGAAAGUUUGUAUGGAGGUCAAACAUUUUUUUAAGUUCUUAGAAAUGCAUUGUAUAAGAUUCCAAAACAGUUAUUUUAACGUUCUUAAAAAUUCAACCCCUAAAGGGGUUAAAAAGGGGAUGUAAGUUUAUAUGUGGUACAAAUUUUCUUUUAAGCUAGGAACUUGAAACUUGGUAAAAAGGGCAUUAUAUUAAAAUAGACGAAAACUGAUUACUUACACCGUUUUUGAAAAGUUUGUAUUAAUAGUUUCGGGAGCGGAUACUUUUUUAAAUAGUGGACUUGUAAAUCUUCUAAGAGGGUCGAGAGGGAUUAUAUCGGGAACAAUUUUUUUCAGUUAGGGUCUUGAAACUUCGUAGUUUGUGAAAGAUAAAUUUCAUGCGUUGUAUAAUUAUUAACAAAUGAUUAACCGGAUAUCUUUUGCUGCGUAAUGUUCUAUAUUAUGCUCAUGUAGAAUAUAUAACCACCAACAUACAAAUCCACGCGUACGAAGUCGCGGGCAACAGCUAGUUAGUUUAUAUAGCUCCAGUUUAUAAAACAAACGAAAUAGAGCAAAAACAAGUUUUGUAUGAAAAACUUAAAUUCGCUGUAUUUUUUUUACUAUGAUAUUUGAAGCUACAUAAACUAAUUAGACAUAUACCUUAUCCUAUUGUAAGUACAACGUUUCAGUUUUAAAAUGUGAGCGUAACUACGUUUGUAUAGAGAACCGAGCUUGCCGGAAACCCUUAUUUCCCUAGAUUAUUUUCAGUGAAGGCAUGUGUUUGUACAGUCAGCAACAACUAUAUAUAUAUACACGAGCGAAGAGUUCAAUAUAUCCGAAUUCUGUUUACCUAUUGCUGUGAUUGCAAGAGGCUAAAGCCUAGAUUUGUAGUUAGAUACAUUUUUACACAUCUCAUGCUAACUGUGCUAUGCUCAAGCAAGUAUCAAGACCGUUUGCUUGCUAACACCAACGCGCGUUAUAUAACAGCACAAAUUUAUGUAGGUACCUAUAGUAUAAACGACAGAUGCCCUGAUGGUAUAGAUAUAUGUAUAUAUAUAAAUGAAGAGUUAUUCUAAACUUGUUUGAGACGAGUCUUCUGCAGGUUCUCGAAUCAUUUCUAGAGAAAAUUCAAAAACAAUACAACUAAUUGGAAGGUACUUUGACUUUGCAUCCAAUCCAUAGUUUACGGAUAUUUUCUUUGCCCU